UUUUCUACUAUCUUCUUCUACUUCUUCACGUUAAUCUCUGCAAUCUCAGAGUAGCGCGGAGAGCGAAAGUAUUCUCAAUCCGAAAAAUGAAGAGAUUUAUCGUAUCAGGGCGGAGGGCAUUAUCAGCGAGAGGUUCACCGUUGAUUCACCGGCCAUUCGCCACCGCCGCGCAGUCCGACGAGUCUCUUGACUCAUUGCUCCCCAAAAUGCCCCCCUUCCACUACUCUCCGCCUCCGUACACCGGCCCCUCAGCCGCCGAGGUGCUUCAGAAACGCCAGCGUUACCUCAGCCCCGCCAUCUUCCAUUUCUUCAAGAACCCGUUGAAUUUGGUGGAUGGGAAGAUGCAGUACUUGUUCGACGAGAAUGGGCGUCGGUAUCUGGAUGCAUUUGGCGGGAUCGCCACCGUGUGUUGCGGCCACUGCCACCCGGAGGUGGUGGAGGCGGUGGUGAACCAAACAAAGCGCCUCCAACAUUCCACCGUGUUGUAUCUCAAUCACACCAUAGCUGAUUUUGCCGAAGCACUUGCCUCCAAGAUGCCUGGAGAUCUCAAGGUUGUUUACUUUACGAAUUCUGGGACAGAGGCCAAUGAACUGGCUUUGCUAAUGACGAGGUUGUAUACUGGCUGUCACGAUGUUAUUUCAAUCAGGAAUGGUUAUCAUGGUAAUGCCGCUGCUACUAUGAAUGCUACUGCUCAAUCUAACUACAAGUUCAAUGUAGUGCAGGCUGGAAUCCACCAUUCCUUGAAUCCAGAUCAGUACAGAGGUGUUUUUGGCUCAGAUGGACCGAAAUAUGCCAGGGAUGUGGAUGAUAUUAUUACCUAUGGAACAACCGGUUGUGUUGCUGGUUUUAUUGCUGAAGCCAUACAGGGUGUGGGGGGAAUCAUGGAAUUGGCCCCGGGAUACUUGCCAGCGGUCUAUAGCAGUAUCAGAAGAGCGGGAGGCCUUUGUAUAGCGGAUGAGGUGCAGUCAGGUUUUGGUCGGACAGGAAGCCAUUUUUGGGGAUUCGAGGCCCAUGGAGUUGUGCCUGAUAUUGUUACCAUGGCAAAGGGAAUUGGAAACGGCAUUCCACUUGGUGCUGUUGUCACUACUCCCGACAUUGCAAAAGUCUUAACAAAUCGCACUUAUUUCAAUACCUUUGGUGGGAAUCCCGUGUGCACAGCAGGCGGCCUAGCUGUUCUUAAAGUGUUAGAAAAAGAGAAGCUCCAACAGAACGCGCUCACUGUGGGAUCAUAUCUCAAAGAGCGUCUCGUUUCACUAAUGGAGAAGCAUGAAAUUAUUGGCGAUGUAAGGGGACGAGGCUUCAUGCUAGGAGUUGAACUUGUGACUGACAGGAAGGCAAAAACUCCAGCAAAGGUUGAAAUAGUUCAUCUAAUGGAACAGAUGAAAGAAAUGGGAGUACUGAUAGGGAAAGGUGGAUUCUUUGGUAACGUUUUCAGAAUCACUCCACCGCUCUGCUUCACCAAGGAAGAUGCAGAUUUCCUUGUGGAUGUCAUGGAUUACAACAUGUCAAAGCUGUGAAGCGGGGGCGAUAAAGAAGGGAUCUUUCUACUUGUGAAACGAAGGUGAUCACUGUCUGGCACAUAUUGUUGUAUGUUCUGUCGAACAAAUAACUGCCAUACAUGGCAGGGAGAUUGUGAGACAUCACCUCGUUGUCUCUCUUCUCCAUCUUGUUGUGUUUCAUUAAACUGUGCUGAAAUGUGAUCCUUGUAAAGAUGAGACUAUGUUCUUGGUAAUAUAAGUCUGCAGUUUCUUCUCAAGUCUGCAUUUUUA